AUGAAUGUCGAUGAGGGUAGAAACUCAAACAUGGUGGAGGAAGGUUGGGUGAUGGGUUGUGGUUUGCGAAGACGUGCGUGGGUCACAACGGUGGCUAGAGAAAAAGUGGAAAAUAAUGGUUUGGUGCAUGGUGGGUCUGAAGGCACAACAUCAGUAAGGGUGAGGGAGAAGGGUUUGCUACCAAAAAAAGCGAUGGAUGAGAUGGAGAGCGCAGAGAUUAAGGUCACAACUGGGCUAUGGUGGCUGCUGGUGGUGCGGUGGACUCACUAUGGUGGCCGCCGAUUGGGCGGUGGAUCUCGUCGUGGUAGUCGUCGGUGA